AAAUUCAAACAUCUGAAAUCUCAUAUUUUAAUUUCUUUCCAUUUUGUAUCUUCAGUUCCUUUCCAAUCCAAACACCUAAGUCCUAUUAAUCAAAUUCUUCCCUUUUUCUCUUUCCAUCUGUCAGCUAAUUCCAGUAAUAAAGCAAUCACAACUGCAACAUCCAAGGGAGCAAAGAUGAAUGAUCUGAUGACCAAAUCGUUUAUGAGCUACGUAGACCUCAAGAAAGAGGCAAUGAAAGAUCUCGAAGCUGGACCGGACUAUGACCUCGAAAUGUCUUCCAACGCAAACACCAUGGACCAAAACCUUGGCCUAUUCCUUGAAGAAGCAGAGAAAGUGAAGCAAGAAAUGGCAGUAAUCCGUGAACUCUUAGGUAAACUCCAAGAGUCCAACGAAGAGAGCAAAACACUUCACAAACAGGAGUCUUUAAAGGCCUUACGGAACAAGAUCAACAAUGACAUCGUCACCGUGCAAAAGAAAGCCAGGACUAUCAAGGCGCAGCUCGAAGAAAUGGAUCGAGCAAAUGCAGCUAACAAGCGCCUUUCGGGCUGCAAAGAAGGUACGUUAGCUUACAGGACUAGGAUUGCAGUAACCAAUGGGUUGCGCAACAAGUUGAAGGAGCUGAUGAUGGAUUUCCAAGGUUUGAGGCAGAAGAUGAUGACCGAGUACAGGGAAACAGUGGGGAGAAGGUAUUUCACUGUGACAGGUGACCCGGAUGAGGAAAUUAUCGAGAAGAUAAUUUCCGACGGCAAUGGUGGUGAGGGGUUCUUGACACGGGCAAUACAAGAGCACGGCCGAGGGAAAGUGUUGGAGACGGUGGUCGAGAUCCAGGACAGGCAUGAUGCGGCUAAAGAGAUCGAGAGGAGCUUGCUGGAACUGCACCAGGUGUUUUUGGAUAUGGCAGUGAUGGUGGAGGCACAAGGGGAACAAAUGGAUGAUAUUGAGCAUCAUGUGAUUAAUGCUAGCCAUUAUGUGAAAGAUGGUUCUAAAGAGCUCAACACUGCAAAACAGUAUCAAAGGAGCAGCAGGAAGUGUAUGUGCAUUGGGAUCAUUCUUUUGUUGUUGAUUGUUCUCGCGAUUGUCAUCCCAAUUGCUACUAGCUUUAGCAGUUCUUGAUUGAGAUGUUUUUACAGAGGAUUUAAUGUCCAGUUAUUCCUUCUGCUUUAUUUUAUUUAGCAAAAAAUGUAUGACCGGUAAUAAUAUUUAUC